AUGGACGCGGCUCGAAUUCGGGUCGGGUCACGGCGGCAGACCUCCCGAGGUGGCAAGCGGUUGAGUUCGCUUCUGGCUCAGAAUGGCAAGAUAUUCAAGCGGUCGGUACUCACACCAGAGAUGGUGAUGGAGGAAGAAAAGAUGGCAGCUCGCAUGAUCCAGCGCAUGGUUCGCGCCCGAGUGGCCCGCAAUUGCUUUCGACGUGUGCUCACCGAAGUGUACACAAAGAUUUAUGACAAAACGACCAAACAAGUGCGAUACGUGGACAACCGAACGGGCGUGGCCACUGAAACGAAGCCACUGCUGCUGCUGUUAAUGAAAUGUGAGGGUCAAGAACAGAUCGAGCCACUGCGGCCAGACGAUGCCGCCAUUCGAAUCCAGCAUUGUGUUCGAUCAUGGCGAGCUCGACUUUUGCUCCGUGAGAUGGUUCGCGACUUGUAUCAAAAGCACAUGGAUCCAAAGACGAUGGAGUAUUAUUACCUCAACACCCAAACCAAACAAGUGUUUUACUCAAAACCCGUGUUUCUCGGUGACACGGACAUUGAAUUGGAGCGGUUCAAGUAUCGCCAUGCUGCGUGUCGGCUGUCCACCAAGGCUAACCUGAUUGGCAACGGGGUUCUGGUGCUGUUUAAUCGGGUGCAUUGCAUUCUCACCGACAACUUUACGCUGCCAGACGAAGAGACUGCGCGGUUUUCACGUGUACAAUUCAACCAUUGUCAGGGUUCGAUUCCGUUUAUGAUUCGGUUGCGAAGCGACCUGUUCUUCAUGACGUCCACGUAUACGUCGUACCAGCUGGUAGCAGACCCAACGCUGGAUUUUUCGUUGUGUGCCAUCGACGCCGACGAGUUUCACAUCGCCGCGGGCGAUUCAGUGGAACCGAUCAAGAUUGCGUUUAACAACAGACGCAUGUGUUGUGCGGACGACGUGCUCCGACACGAAGAAAUCGAAAUGGUUGGCCAUCCGCAUGGGAAAAUGGCCGUGGUCGGGCGAGGCCAUGUCGACAAGUUCAUCCCAAACAUGGUCAAGCCAAAGCGAUUGCAGUACCGAAAUCCAAUGGAAUCGGGGGCAUCCGGUAGCCCUGUGUUUAAUUUCGGCGGUCGGUUGCUGGGCAUUCAUCACCACAGGUCGUUGCGCGAACCAGCUUUUGACUGCACCUUCCUCAAGCCCAUCGUCGAUUUUACAAGGGAACAAAUCACUCCCCCCGUACCGUUACUGCAGUCUGCAUGCCUUACCCACGACAUGGUGAAUGUGUAUUGGCAAGUUCCUCCGCAAUACAAGCCCUGGAACGGACUCAAGCUCGAAUUCGUGCUUGAAAUGUGCAAUCGGACUCGCCGAGGCACCCAAGGAUAUUACGACCGCUUCGAAACUAUUUAUACGGGCCCAAAGGCCACGUACACCGUCCACAACCUCAAACCAGCGACGAAAUAUGCAUUUCGAUGUCGCAGCGCGCACUUUAUGGACAAGAGUGGAUGGGGUGCAGUGAUGCAGGUCACCACGUUACCUGCUGCGACUGUGGCGUGGGAAUUAAAAUAUUGUACAUCCAUAGCCGAUGCUAUUGCGUACAUGGUGAAAUCGAAUGACGCAUUGGUCCAUCGUCAGAGUAUUUUAUGGGUCAAAGAGCGCAUCAACAACACCCGCCUAAGUACCCCCGAAGACGAGGUCGACCCUGCGAUACUAGAAUGGACCAACAUGGAGCCGCAGUACAUUGCAUGCAACGCCAGUGCGGCCAUUCGCGAGUCGGUCGAUAAAUUCCACCACGUGGAUGACCACGUUCUCGACUGCUUGGAUGUGUUGGGGCAAUGCUGCCAGUAUAAAACUGAAUUCCGGGACCGAAUGGUGACGAUUCCGACGUUUGAGUGGAUUGCGCACCUUUUCCCGCACUUUUCGUCCGUCGCAGCCGUACUCGAGAAGGCGGUGGGAUUGCUCGGACAUUUAGUUAAAGAUAACGAAGCUGGCAAAGAGAUUUUUAUGACUAUUCAAGGCAUUCCUAUGGUCCUCGAGGUCAUCGAAGCCAACAUCCACGCAGAAGGCGUCGUGCGCGAAGCAUGUUAUCUCUUGGCGGCGCUCUGUCAGAACUUUCGGCCUGCCCAACAGCAUAUGGGUGUGAAUCUCGGGAUCAAAGUCAUGUCGAAAGUGUUGACUACGUUCCCAUACCACCCGCAAGUGCUGUAUUGGGCUUGUUUAACACUGGGCAACGUCGCAUGUGAUUACGAGCCCAACCAAGCGCGCGGUCAAAAGUAUCACAUUGUCGAGUGUUUGGUGCAAUCCAAGAUCACGUUCAUCUUGAAACUGAAUGCAUUGGAAGACGCAAUUGACAAGGAAACCAAACUGAUGGAAACGAUGGCGGCCACGGCCAUUGGCGAAGAAGUCCGGAACGAGAUGGAUUUGCACGAACAUCGUCGACGCAGUACCGAUAUAGAUAUCGUAUCCGAAAACUAAAUACACUAUACAUGUCUCUUAUAGGUUUGAUGGACAUUUACAACUUUAUGCAAAGCGAAAACGUUUUGGGCGUGGCCAACUACGCGCUGGAAUACAUGAUGAACGCAACCCAAAAAGACGUGCAAGCACGAACCAAGCAAAUGGCGACACGGAUCGUUGUGAUUCGACUGGGGGCCGCCAUGGCCCACUGGCGACGACAAGCCGACAAAGUGCUGCAAGGACACAUCCUCCGCCGCUUUAUCAACGGCGUGAUGGAGCAGACGCUGUACGCGGCCUUCCGGACAUGGGAAAUGAGCAUGCGGGAGCUGCGCGUGGAGCAGUCAACGCUCGCGUAUCGAACCAAACAGGGCUUGAUCUUGGACUUGCGCAAGUCUAAACGCCAAGACCGGUACCGGUUGCUAGUCAACAGCAAGUAAAGACUAUACUAACCAAAAUAUUAUUAAAGAGAA